GAGAAUUAUAAUAAGUUGAACUUGAAAAUUAAAAUUGAGGGAGAUAGGUAGAAAGAAAGAUCCAACUGUCUUCCUCACUGCUACUGAUUGAACUCAAAAAACCCUAAAACAUCACUUUGAGAGAAAUGUGUUCGUGUAUUCCUCAGCACCUCUUUCUUCACCUUCACUUCGCAACUUCCCCAAACCCAAGGGCAUUUUCUUCCUCAAGAAAUUUUAGGACGCGUGCUGUUUUAACCACAGAGAAUCAUGCUUCCAGUUAUAUACCUGCUGCUCCAAUUUUACUUCCCGAAGGACCUUGGAAACAGAUUCCUGGAGGAGUCACUGCUGCGGAGGGAUUUAAAGCUGCAGGAAUAUAUGGAGGUUUGCGUGCCGUAGGAGAGAAGCCCGAUCUUGCACUUGUCACGUGCGAUGUUGAUGCCAUUUCUGCUGGGUCGUUUACGACGAAUGUGGUUGCGGCUGCGCCGGUGUUAUACUGCAAAAGGACAUUAGACAUUUCAAACACUGCACGUGCUGUGUUGACUAAUGCAGGUCAAGCAAAUGCAGCUACGGGCGAAGCAGGUUACCAGGAUGUGAUAGAAUGUGUGGAAAACCUUGCUAAGCUACUGAAAAUGAAGCCAGAAGAAGUAUUGGUUGAAUCCACUGGUGUAAUUGGUCAAAGAAUAAAGAAGGGUGCACUGUUAAACUCACUUCCCAUACUAGUGAAUUCACUAUCAUCUUCAGUUGAGGGGGCAGAUUCCGCAGCAGUGGCAAUCACCACAACAGAUCUUGUUAGCAAGAGUGUGGCAAUUGAGUCUAUGGUCGGAGAAACAAAGGUCAGAGUUGGGGGAAUGGCAAAGGGUUCUGGUAUGAUCCACCCAAAUAUGGCUACCAUGCUUGGGGUAAUAACAACUGAUGCCCGGGUAACCAGCAAUGUUUGGAGAAAGAUGGUGCAGGUUGCAGUAAACCGAAGUUUCAACCAGAUAACUGUAGAUGGAGAUACUAGUACUAAUGAUACUGUUAUUGCUUUGGCUAGUGGGUUGUCUGGGCUAGGCUGCAUAUCUUCUGCAGACAGUGAUGAGGCUAUUCAACUUCAGGCAUGCCUAGAUGCGGUAAUGCAAGGUCUUGCCAAAUCAAUAGCUUGGGAUGGAGAGGGAGCAACCUGCCUCAUUGAGGUCAGUGUGACUGGUGCAAAUAGUGAGGCUGAAGCUGCAAAAGUUGCACGUUCAGUUGCAUCAUCUUCACUUGUUAAGGCUGCAAUAUAUGGUAGAGACCCCAAUUGGGGACGCAUUGCUGCUGCAGCUGGUUACUCAGGAGUUUCUUUCCAUCAAAAUUUACUUAGGGUGGAGUUGGGGGAUAUUUUACUAAUGGAUGGUGGUGAACCACAAUUAUUUGACCGGAGCGCAGCUAGUAGUUAUCUCAGAAAGGCUGGGGAGACUCAUGAUACGGUUAGAAUUCAAGUAUCAGUUGGCAAUGGACCAGGACGUGGACAAGCAUGGGGGUGUGAUUUAAGCUAUGAUUAUGUUAAAAUAAAUGCGGAGUACACAACAUAACCUUAUGAAAGUCCCCACACGUACAUUGGCAUGGUGUUUGAUUGUGCACUGGUUUUUUACAGUUAAUCAUAUAGAAGACCAGUAAAAUUUAAUUACUACUGAAAUCAGUGCAUAGAUAUUGAUUAGUAUAAUAAAUGCUCAUGAGGCACCUGUUUGAUCAGUUGUCUUUGGGAUGGUCCAUACUGUUUCUCUACUGUUUUGAACUUGCUCCUUCCAUAGUUCCAUUUGUUUAGUUUGUACAACAGCACAUGAUUUGAUUGCGUACAUGCUCUGGUCGGUACCCAGUAAUUCCUAAUUUGUUUGAGCUU